AGAAUGGCUUCGGGGGUGUGCACAGCCAGGAGAAGGCCAAGUGGCUGGGGGGUGCAGUGGAGGAUUACUUCAUGCGCAAUGGCCAGUGUUUGCCAAAAUUCAUGCUAACUAGUCCUGUUAGAUGUUCAGUGAAGAAGCUUCUCCAGUCACGUUAUGUAAGAAAAACUCUUUUCUUCUGCUCCCACUGAAAAGUCUCAACACUCAUGAACAUAUUAAAGGCUUGGCUGACUUGGAGCUAGAUGAGGUGGAAGACUUCCUUGGAGAGCUGUUGACCAAUGAGUUUGAUACAGUCGUGGAAGAUGGGAGUCUGCCCCAGGUGAGCCAGCAACUGCAGACCAUGUUCCACCACUUCCAGAGGGGUGACGGGGCUGCUCUGAGGGAGAUGGCCUCUCGCAUCACUCAAAGAAAAUGCAAGGUCACAGCCACUGCACUUAAGACAGCUAAAGAGACUGAUGAGGAUGAAGAUGAUGUGGACAGUGUGGAAGAGAUGGAGGUCACAGCUACGAAUGAUGGGGCUGCUACAGAUGGGGUCUGCUCCCAGCCUGAACCCUCUGAUCCAGACGCUCAGACUAUUAAGGAAGAGGAUAUAGUGGAAGAUGGCUGGACCAUUGUCCGGAGAAAAAAAUGAGUGGGCAUGGUUGGAAAUGGCUUUGGGCCCUUAUUUGCUAGUUCUGAGAGUUGUCUGUAGGGUUUUUUUUUUUUUUUUGAGGAUUGUAGACCUGUGGACUGGUUACCCCAUCUCUACCCUCUCCCCUGUUCCCCUGUCUAGCUCCCUCCAGGGCAAGGAAACCCUAGGGUCCUUGGUCUUGGGGGUGGGGGGACCUUGUCCAGCACAUUCCCUUGGGCCUUUAGUUAACAUCUGAGUGACGAAGCCAGCUUCCCCAGUACAGUGUCUUUUGGGUGCAGUCAUUGUGAGGAAGGGGAUGAGUGAGUGUGGGUGUGGCUGGAGGAGGAUCUAGAUGCCAGUGGACGGUGGGCAGGUGGAUUUGGGGAGGACAGGACCAGCAGCAGCAGCAGUACUCAGUGAUAGGGGGCUGGCUGGGUCAGGAAUGUGAGAUGAACAUGCAAGUGGAAGGGAGAAUAGGUGAAGAUGUGAACGAAAGUAGCUCUGGAGCCUUUCCCUUACCCCACCCCCCACACACGCAACAACUCUGUACGCCUGCCCAGAACUUGGAACCUCCCAGGAAUGCUGCCUUCCUGCAGCCCAGCCUCCAGCCCUGGGUUCCCUCAGGAAUUCGAAGACCUUGGCUAGGUGGUGAGCUUGGAAGGGCUGGGCUUUGUUUUCUGUCUCCUGUAACCUCUUUCCUUACUCCUUAUCCCAUCCCAUUUGAGUUCAGGAGUGAGGCUUAAGAUCUUAAUAAAUAAUACCUUACUGCUUAACCUGUGGCUUGACCUGUGAGGAGUAGCCUUCAAAUCCACCUUCUGGGAGCUGAGCUUCCGAGUUUACAAGGGAGCGGUUUUCUGAGCCCACCCUAGCAGCCUGGUACGUCGGACAACCAAACAGAUGGACGAACGGAGCACAGCAGUGCUAUGAAAGUUACUGUAAGCCUGAAAUAAACUGUAUUUUUCUUUAAAAAAAAAAAAAACA